AUGGAGAGUGUGCCUUUGACACUGGCACAUACUCAUGCACGCAAUGCUAUGCUUGAGACUCGAAAGUCGAAUCCGGUUGCCGCAAGUGAAGAACAUGAUUUGGCGGCGGGCGAAUUCGCAACCGCGUCUCAACACUGCCUAGACGCCUAUGCUCUUCGAACCUUGAAACUUCUGGAAGAAGAACACAAAAGACUCGCUACUCUCCUACGGUCCCAACACGAACAUCCCGGUAGUGUGUCUUCGACGGAGCCAUCCACAGCAGCUCCUGUGAAGCCUCGUACUAAGGACCCUCAGGCCGAUGUUUCCAAUCCGCCUAAGACCAACCCGAUUAGUUCUUCAAUAUCUGCAGCUACAAAUGACUCGCUACAACAGCCACCGAGGCUUCCUGGGCACCAUCGCCAAUUACAGAGAGACACCUCCUCCAUCGCCAGUAACCUAGCCUCCGCCCGUGGUAUACCUGCUUAUCCUCGACGAGCUUCUCCCGCUUCGCCGACUCUUUCCGCUCAACCUGCUGGAGGCCAGUUAUCGGAUUCUCCAUCCCGAGCCAAGACGAGCGAAGGAAGGCUUCGCGAGCGAGCAGGCAAAUUCCCAACUGCACCUAGACAAUCAUGGGCAUCUCCAUCCAUCAGUCCAACUGAGAUCACAUCACGGCAGAUUGUUCCCGCCCUUGCGCAGGAACCGGAACAGAACCGGGGACGUUUUUCUACGACGGACGAAACGUUUCAAAAGUUUUACUCGAGCUUCGAGGGUUUAAUUUCCAAACUUUCUGCACCAUUGGCAUUCGCGGGCCUACCUUUGGGUACUGAUACAUCUGAUCCUAUGAAACAAAAAUCUCCUGCGGAUACAAAAGUCGACCGUCAUAAUGCCACUUCGCAACGCCCAACUGCAUCUGCGGAGCCGGAUAUUAACAGUUUAUUCUCGCGCGCUGCUUUAAGGGCCGUGCGUGAGGCAAACGGAGGCAUGCCUAGCAGUGGCGCAGAAUCAUUUUAUGUGGUCCCUACGACAGGCGGCACUGUAUCUUAUGCUGGCAUUUUGUCUCGCACACAAAAGGAGACUCGACGGGGUAGUGUAGAUGAUGGGGACGAAGACUUUGUGGAUGCGAGAGAAACUCCGCCCUCACCGGAGAUGCGACAGAGCUUGUCCGGAAGCCGGACGAGAUUAGCACGUGGGGCUUCAGAGAAAAGUACCAAGACAAUGGAAGAGUUGCGCUUGGAAAAUGAAGCCUUGAAACAAUUAUCCGAUCAACUUUCCAAACGCCUCCACAUGUGGGAAGUGAACGCUCAAUCGUCAUCUAUGGCCCUACAGCAGUCUUUGAAAGCAAUACAUCAUCAGCAGAACACUUCGUCUCCAACAGCAUCAGCGGCAAUGCCGCCACUUACUUCACAUUUGGCGCAACCAAGUGACAUGCCAUCCGCGGUAGACAAUCAUGAGAAGCGAAUCAGGGAACUCGAAGAAAUCAUCCAACGCUCCGAGAAGGAACGUGACAAAGCCGUGCGGGAGAACGAAAAACUCAAGUCUGUUCUAGGCCGGUACCGUGAUAGGUGGGAGAAACUAAAAGAAGGAGCAAAGACAAGGAGAAAUGCCAUAGAGUCUUCUUCUACAGCUGCUAUGGAGAGUCCUACAACCACGCCAACGUUGCACCAAGGCGAGGAUCAGGAACCAUCCGGAGCCCCAGACGAACAGAAUCAGUCAAGUGGGAAUGAUGAGGAUGCUGUCUGA